GAGGUGAAGGGCGACCUGGACAGCGGCAGGGCGAGGGCGAAGCUGGAGGACGACCGGCGGCGAGCGCUGCAGAGCCGCCGGGAGGAGGCCAGGAGGACGGAGGAGCGCGAGCGCAGCAGGCGGGAGGAGGUGGACGCAGACUUCUACCUGCAGGAGCAGCAGAUGCUGCAGAGACAGCUCUUGGACAGCCAGGACUCAGAGCUGGCGGAGCUUUCCAAGACGACGCAGCGCCUCGGUCAGACAGCACAGGUGAUCAACGCGGAGCUCCGCCAGCAGCAGGAGAUUCUGGACGACCUGAACGAGGACAUGGAGCGGGAGAUGCAGAAGAUGGACUUCCUGACGAAGGGCAUGG